ACGAGCCCAGUAGUUUUCCCAAUAAAAUUGUAUUUUUACUUAUGGUCAUAAUUAAAUUGUUGACCAAUCACGCAUGCCUCUCAGUUUGAUCCGUCAUCGUCAUCGAUCCAUUCAAACUGCCCAAGAAAAUUGACCACCAAAUAAACACAGGCCCAGCCUAGCAAAUCGACCGAUCGAUCCCCUUUCCUCGCCCGCCGCUGCCGCCGUCAGAUCCAUGGCCGCCGCCGACGCUAGCGCCGGCUCCGGCGCCCUCCCAAACUGGGUGAUGCUGGAGCGCUUCAUCUUCCGUAGGGACGACCCCCAGUCUUUCCGUGAGGACAAGAGGACCUCCGCGACCGGCGAGACCUCCGUCGGCGCUCACUUCCGCAUCUCCUUCAUCCUCGCCGAGCCCCCCACUCCCUCGCGCCUCUACCUCAGCUGGCCUGGAGGCCCCAAGCACGAGAUGAUGUGCCACCUCGCGGCGGCCCACCGCAACCUCGUCCUCCUCAGGCUGGACUCCUUCGUCGACCCCUCUUACCCGUCGCCGUUCGGCGAGAUGGCGCACGACUACUUCAUCUACUACGUCGCCGCCGACCCCCGCUCGCAGGCGCAAUCCACGCCUGCUCUCAGACGGCUGCCAGGUUGCACCGUGCACAACGCGUAUUUCGGGAGGCCGAUCCCGCGCCCGUUCGAGCCUUGGGGUGUUGGCCUGUUGUGCUGUGGUGAGGAGUUUGCCGUGGCGUAUAUGAGCGUAAGCAGGCGUGACCCGGAGGCCGAGGCGCUGGAGGUGGAGUUGUGGGUGCUCCGCUCGACCGUCAGAGAUGAUUCUACUGAUGGUGGUGAGAAGUGGGAGGCCAAGUAUCUGCCGCUCCAGGGGCAGGAUGUUGAACACAUCAAUCUGCUCGACUUUACGACAAGCGAAGUGGUUCCCUUCAAGAAUUCCCUCUGCUGGGUGGACUAUAGGAUGGGCAUAUUGUAUUGUGAGGACGUCUGUGGAGACAGCCCCAAGGCCGUCUUCGUCGGUUUUCCUCCGGGUUACUCCAGCUACCAUCCUUCAGUCCGCCCCGAGUUGUACCGCCCCGAGUUGUACCGCGGCUUGUGCGUCACCGAAGGUGGUCGCACGUUGGCAUUCCUUGAUGUUGUCCGCCGUGAUGGCAUUGAUAUAGGCCCAAUGGUGCCUGCUGGUUUCACCAUCAUCUCCAUGGCACUGACGGAAACGCAGUCAGCCAAUAGUUUUGUGGUUAAAGCAGAUGACCUGUGGGCUACACACUCCACGAAGGAUCUCCCACAUGAGGUUAUGAUGCUCCCGUUGCUGAGUAUGGAUGAUAUCAAUGUUGCGCACUUUGUAUUGUAUGAUUGGGCAGACUUGUCUGGCAAGUUCAAGAUCUCGCUAGUUACCAUUGACCUGAGCACCAAGCGAGUGGUUGGCUCAGUUGUUCCAUACAUCAAUGAGGAAGAUCUUUCUACUGACGACGCUGAUUUGGUCAAGGCUAAACCAAAUUUCUUUAUGCCCUUCCUUCCAGCAGAAUUCCCCAAGUUCCUGAAUCUCCAAAGGACGAGGAAGAACCCUGCAUGAAUCACUUUCACUGCACCGGCCACUUGUCACCCUUUUUGGGUUCUGCUGUGUUAAGUGAUGGGCUAUUUCAUUCUGUGGUUUAUGAAGUACUACUGUGUUCACUUUUUGUGAGGUUUAGGGAGUACUCCAAUAGUCUUUGAUUGUGUUUUUUUCUGUAUCUGUCGUACUGUAGACAGCUGGAGGGAAAAGCCUUCACCAGACCUACAAGGUGCAGGUUGAUCAUAUCGUACAAUAUGGUCUUUGAGUUUAAUGCUAUAUGAUGAACAUACCCUUGGCGCUUCAA